AUGCAUUCAGACAAGGAGAAGCACUCCAAGACGGAUUUUGCCGACGCCGGCAGCAUCCAGCAUGGAGACGUGCAAGGCUCCAGCGACAUGGGCCACCUCCACCGCCGCCUCAACAACCGUCAGAUCCAGCUCAUCGCCGCCGGCGGCUCCAUUGGCACGGCCCUGUUCAUCUCCAUCGGAGGCGGCCUCGCCAAGGGCGGCCCGGGGAGUCUCCUGCUCGCCUACACCCUCUACUCGCUCGUCCUCGCCCUCGUCAACAACUCGGUCGCCGAGAUGAACACAUACAUGCCCGUCGCCGGUGGAUUCGUCCGCCUAGCGGGAUACUGGGUCGAUGAUGCCUUGGGCUUCCUCGCCGGCUGGAACUUCUUCCUCUACGAGGCACUGAUUAUCCCCUUUGAGAUCACCGCCCUGACCUUUGUCAUCUCCUUCUGGAACGAAAACGUGACAAACCCCGGACCUACGGCUGGGGUUUGCGCUGCUGUCAUUAUCUGCUACGGACUUCUCAACAUCCUCACGGUUCGCUUCUACGGCGAAGCUGAAUUCUGGCUCUCGGGAGGCAAACUCGUCCUCAUCUUUCUCCUCUUUGCAUUUACCUUUGUCACAAUGCUGGGUGGCAAUCCAAAGCAUGACUCUUAUGGCUUCAGGCAUUUCUCUAAUCCCGGGUCGUUUGCUACAUACCUCAGCGGAGGCGACAAGGGCCGGUUCGAAGGCUUCCUCGCCGCCCUCUGGAGCGCCUCCUUCACCAUCGUCGGACCCGAGUACAUCUCCAUGGUCUCUGCCGAGGCGCAGCGCCCUACCUACUACAUCAAGUCGGCCUUCAAGACCGUCUACUACCGCUUCUGCAUCUUCUUUAUUAUCGGUGCCCUGGCCGUGGGCAUCGUUUGCGCCUACAACGACCCUGCCCUUGUCGAGAUCUACUUUGGAAGCGGUGGCUCUGGCAGUGCGGCUGCCUCUCCCUAUGUCAUUGCUAUGACCAACCUUGGCAUCAAGGGCCUGCCUCACCUCGUCAACUUUCUGAUCCUCACCUCCAUCUUCUCCGCCGGCAACACCUACACCUACUGUGCCAUUCGAGCCCUCUACUCGCUGGCUCUCGAAGGCCGUGCUCCUCGAUUCCUCCGAUACUGCAACAAGUCCGGUGUCCCCGUCUACUGUUUCUGUGUCGUCAUGUGUUUCCCCUUCCUCUCGUUCCUCCAGGUCGCCAACGGCUCUGCCAAGGUUCUGGGCUGGCUCAUCAGCAUCGUCACCGGUGGUGGUCUGAUCACCUUCAUGGUCAUGUCCAUCACCUAUAUCAACUACCACAAGGCUUGCGUUGCCCAGGGCGUCGACCGAAAGACCGAGCGACCCUACUACGGCUACUUCCAGCCUUAUGGAGCUUAUAUCGCCCUGGCUAUCCAGUUUGUCAUCCUCCUCACCUACGGAUACUACGCCUUCCGACCCAAGUUUGACGUCGAGGUCUUCUUCCAGAACUACUCGAUGCAAAUCCUGGCCGUCCUUCUCUUUGGCGGAUGGAAGAUCUUCAAGCGCACCCGCUACAUCCGGCCCCACGAGGUCGACCUGGUCUGGGAGCGACCCCAGAUCGAGGCCUACGAGAACUCCUUCACCGAGCCCCCAGUUGGCUUCUGGACCGAGAUGGCCCAGAUGGUGGGUUUCCGAAGGAACAAGAAGACUUCGGUAGAGGCUUAA